AUGGCACCUCGAAAUUCUGCGAGUAAUUCUGGAAAUUCUAAUUCCGAUCCAAAUACAGAGGUUGAUCCAACACAGAAUCCAAAUUAUGUGUACUUUCUGAGUAAUUCUGAUCUAGCUACAUCAAAAUUGGUGAAUAUAGUAUUUGAUGGAACAAGCUUCAAUGACUGGAAACGUUCUAUGACAAUUGCAUUAGCAGCAAGAAACAAAUCGUGUUUUGUUGAUGGAAGUUUGAAUCAACCUUCAAACAAUUCACCAAAUCUCAGAAUCUGGAAUAGAUGUAAUAAUUUGGUGAUUUCCUUGAUCUUAAAUUCUCUUGAACCUUCAAUUGCUCGAAGUGUUCUUUACUUGAAGACAGCUAGAUCAAUUUGGCUGGAUCUGGAAGAAAGGUUUAGUCAAUCUUCUGGACCUCAGUUAUUUUCGGUGCAACAACAAUUAGCAGACAUAUCUCAAGGAGAAUCUGAAGGUAUUUCUGAAUUUUAUACUCGAAUUAAGCAAUUAUGGGAUCAGUUGGAUGGAUUGGAUCCUUUACCUGCCUGUGUUUGUACUGGUUGUAACUGCAAUCUAACACAGCAGCUGUUUAAGUCUAAGCAAAGUCAGAGGUUAAUUCAUUUUUUUAUGAAGGUGCAUGAUAAAUUUUCUCAUACUAAGAGCACUAUUUUGAUGAUGAAUCCUCUACCAACUGUUACCAAGGCAUAUAGUUUGUUGCUUCAAGAGCAAACUCAUAUGAAUCUGUACAACAUUAAGAAUCAGCAGAAUGUAGAAUCUGCAGCAUUCUAUGCUAAGAAGUUCAAUGAUACCAGAACUCAAUUCAGCAACAACAGAACCUAUAAUUCUGCUGGAGGUGCAGGACAAAUGUUUGAAACUAAUUCUGCAGGCUCGAGUACAAGAAAUUUUGUUUACACCAGAAACAACUUGCGCACUUCGAGCGACGCCUACAUCUACCCUUCUGAUUUCAAAAAUAGAGCUAAGAAGGUAGCAGCAUCAGUUCAGCUGGAUGACUCUACUAUAUUAGAAUCAGCAGACUUGGUGAAUUUUUCAGUUACUCAAGAACAGCACAAGCAUAUUCUGCAUUAUCUUGAAAAACAACAGAAUGCUGAGCAAGGUGAACUCUUUGGAGGUUCAAGUUCCCUUGGCUUAGUAGUGACUUCUCAUUUGACAGGUAAUUUAUGUCUUGCUUCUUCUAUGCAUCUUACAUGGAUUCUUGAUAGUGGAGCUUCUGAUCACAUGUGUGCUGAUAUUUCAAUGUUUAAAACAUACUCAAAAUUACUUGAUGAAAGACUUAUAACAAUACCAGAUGGAAAGAAACUGAAAGUUGAGCAUAUAGGAACGGUUUUGCUUAAAUCAGACAUUACUCUUAAUAAUGUCCUACAUGUUCCUGGUUUUCAAUUUAACUUGGUGUCAAUAUCAAAGUUAUGCAAAGAUGUUUCAGGAUCAGUAUCAUUUACUAAUGAUACAUGUUUGCUUCAGGGCCCUUCUAUGAUCAGGCCUGAUCUUGCUUGUUCAAUAGCUGUUGAAGAAGCCAAAUUAUGGCAUCUUCGUUUAGGACACAUGUCUUUUGAUAAAAUAAAGUCUAUUAAGGGCACUGAUUCUCUUAGUUAUGUUCACACUCAAUUAUCUUGUCCUGAUACACCCCAACAAAAUGGGGUAGUUGAAAGGAAACACAAGCACCUCUUGGAGACUGGUAGAGCUUUGUUUUUUCAGUCCAAAGUACCAGCUAGAUUUUGGGGAGAUUGUAUCAUGGCAGCAACUUAUAUAAUCAACAGAAUGCCACUCAAAUCUGUUGGUUUUGUAACACCUUAUGAAAGAUUAUAUGGUUCUGCUCCUGACUUGUCUCAUCUAAAGAUUUUUGGCUGUCUUUGUUAUAUUUCAACUUCAAAAACUCAUAGAAACAAACUAGAUCCUAGAGCAACACCAUGUGUAUUUCUAGGAUACCCUCCAAACCAAAAGGCUUACAAAGUCCUUAAUCUUGCCACAAACAAAAUAUCAAUUUCCAGGGAUGUUAUUUUCUAUGAAAAAUAUUUUCCUUUUCAUUUUUCUCCCUCCCCUCACAAAACCUAUGCCAACAAAAUUUUCUUACCUGUUAACAACUCAAUUUCACAAUCUUAUUCUGAUAUUCCUGAAAUUUUCUCUGAUUUCAAUAUUACACCUAAUUCUGAUCCAGUUAGACAAUCUUCCAGAAUAUCUAAACCACCUACUCAUUUUCAUUGUUAUGCUGUUACUGAUCAUUGGUGUAACUUGGUCUCUUUUGAUUCUCUUCCUAAGAAACAACAGCUAGACAUAUGUGUUCAUCAAUCUCUUGUUGAACCAACAAGCUAUAGUGAGGCAGCUCAGAAUUCUUCCUGGGUAGAUGUUAUGGAUAAAGAGAUUUCUGCUCUUAACAAGAACAAUACAUGGGACAUUGUUAUGUUACCCAAGGGAAAGAAAGCCAUAGGCUGCAAAUGGGUCUACAAAAUCAAGAAGAAUGCUGAUGGAAGUAUUGAAAGGUACAAGGAUAGACUUUUUGCCAAAGGUUUUACUCAAAAAUAUGGGGUUGAUUAUGAAGAAACCUUUUCUCCUGUUGUAAAAAUGUCAACUAUCAGGUCUUUGAUUUCCCUUGCUGCUCAGAAUGGUUGGAAUUUGUUUCAAUUAGACAUAAAUAAUGCCUUUCUUCAUGAAACUCUUCAUGAAGAAGUCUAUAUGAAGAUUCCAGAAGGUGUCUCUGCUCCUGCAGGGAAUGUUUGCAGACUUAAGAAGUCAUUAUAUGGCCUAAAACAGGCUUCCAGGAAAUGGUUUGCCAGAUUGGUUGAAGAAUUAAAGUUUCAAGGUUUUAAUCAGUCAAAAAAUGACUAUUCUCUAUUUUUGAGAAAAGAUGGUGUUGAUACAACUGUUAUUGCAGUUUAUGUUGAUGAUAUCAUCAUUACUGGUUCAAAUGAUGGUUUAACUUCUGAUCUAAAAGCUCACUUACAUCAUACUUUCAGCAUAAAGGAUUUGGGACAACUGAGUUAUUUUCUUGGCAUUGAAGUUAGUAAGUGUCAAGAUGGCUAUGUUCUGUCUCAAAGAAAGUUUACUAAAGAGCUUCUGCAAGAAUGUGAGUUGGAUAUUUCAAAGACUGCUAACACUCCUUUUCCAUCUCACAUGAAGUUAUUUUCUGAUCAAGGAGCUCUAUAUGAUAAUGCUGCCCUAUAUAGGUGUUAUGUUGGGAAAUUAAAUUUUCUAACUAACACAAGGCCUGAUCUUGCUUUUGCUGUCCAAACUCUAAGCCAAUUCAUGCAUUCUCCCAGGGUUCCACAUGUUCUUGCUUUGCAACACACAUUAAGAUAUGUUGCUUCUACUAUUGGUCAGGGAAUUCUUCUAAGAGCUACUGAUCAACUCACUCUACAGGCCUUUCUGACUCUGAUUGGGCAGCCUGUCCUAGUUCAAGGAGGUCUGUAA